AUCUUGACGAAGACCCGCCUAGCGUUAGCCAGAGCAGCUAGCCUUCGUUAGCGGCUGCGCUCCUCCGGUCGAAGCGCGGCAGCGCUCGCUCCAACCGUUAUACCGAGCGGACUGGCCGCGGUGGACUGGGCGCCAUGGUUUGAGAUCGCACAGGCGUGAAAAAUGGAUUUCGAACGUGAUACGGGACUGGAACCUGUAUUGAGUGUGUGGCCAGCCUGCUUUUUCAUACACCGUGAAGUUUGGUGCCUGGAGUAGACUGUGCUUUUUUGUCUCCCCCCAGUGAUUCCUUAUGCUUGAUAGAAGCUGUGCCCUGUGUUCUGCAGGAUGGAUGGUGUGGAUUUAAAGAGACUUGUGUGUCAGCAUCAACCCUCUCUGUCCUGCAGCAGUGUUUUUUUCUUUUCCAUUUACAAAAGAACACCCCCCAUCCAAAACCUAGACUGCCUACAUUCUAUACGUAGUGACUUUCUUUGAGCGAAAAGGGGAAAAAAAGACAAGGAAGCAGAAAGAGCUACAACACUUUCCUUCUUUUUUUUUUAAAGUACAGAUCAAUACUUUUUAGCUGCGCCUGAAUAGAGGAUGUAGAAGUAGCCUCAUUUUAACUUUUCGCUUGAAUUGUAUCUGCUCACUCUUUAUAUGGGUGGUGGGAUGUCGGAAAAGCCCAACGACAAGAUGGUGAAGUUCCUGGCUCCCCCUCAGAAGAGUGGAAACGGCACUGGGUCUGGUUCAGACACCUUGGUUGGUGAGCGGCUGCCUUCAGAGGUGAGACGACGGCACCACACCAUGGAGCGGGACCGGUGUAACCCUGAACACCGUUUCUUACGCCGCAGUGUCAUCAGUGACUCUAAUGCUACAGCGUUGGACCUCCCAUUACCCAGCAAGAAUCCUGUCCCUGCACCCCAACCUGUUCACUUGCAUGAAGUUGUCCCCCAGAAACCCCAAUGUGCCGCUGCUAAAAUUCCACAAGUCAAAUCAGGUGUGAGUGUGACCAAGGUGUCUACAAACAAUGAAGGAGGAGGAAAAGAUGGAGAAGUGGCAAAAGUGUUCAUGGUGCCUGUGGAACAAAAGGCUGCCAUUGUACGAGACCUCUGUGACGGAGAAAUGGUACUGGCGGCUUGCUCGGCACCCAGCCUCGCUACAGAAUCACCAGGUCAAAUUGAACCCGAGAGCAGCACUGAGGUGAAGGUGCAUCAUGACAGUGAGGAAGGAGAUGGGGAGGAGGAUAAGGACUCUGCCAAGGCACGAGCCGAGGCUGAGCAACGAGAGGCAGAGAAAAAAGUGCAAGAAGACAUUGAAGAGGCAGAGACCAAAGCAGUGGGAACAUCACCGGAUGGCCGGUUCCUGAAGUUUGACAUUGAAAUUGGACGUGGUUCCUUCAAGACUGUCUACAAGGGCCUGGACACUGAGACGACUGUGGAGGUGGCCUGGUGUGAGCUACAGGAUCGUAAGCUGUCAAAGUCGGAGCGCCAGCGCUUCAAGGAGGAGGCAGGCAUGUUGAAAGGACUGCAGCAUCCCAACAUUGUCCGUUUUUAUGACUCCUGGGAGGGUCCCUCCAAAGGAAGGAAAUGCAUUGUACUGGUCACUGAACUCAUGACUUCUGGCACACUUAAAACAUAUCUGAAACGAUUCAAGGUGAUGAAGAUUAAAGUGUUGCGGAGCUGGUGCAGACAAAUCCUCAAGGGGCUUCACUUCCUGCAUACUCGUGGUCCUCCCAUCAUCCACAGGGACCUUAAGUGCGACAACAUCUUCAUCACAGGCCCUACAGGAUCCGUCAAGAUAGGAGAUCUGGGACUGGCCACACUUAAGCGAGCGUCCUUCGCAAAGAGUGUCAUAGGUACCCCUGAGUUCAUGGCGCCUGAGAUGUAUGAGGAGAAGUACGACGAGUCAGUGGAUGUGUAUGCCUUUGGAAUGUGCAUGCUGGAGAUGGCCACCUCAGAGUACCCUUACUCAGAGUGCCAGAAUGCUGCACAGAUCUACCGCAGAGUUACCAGCGGGGUGAAGCCAGGCAGCUUCGACAAGGUGGCUUUCCCUGAGGUGAAGGAGAUCAUCGAGGGAUGCAUUCGCCAGAACAAGGAUGAAAGGUACUCAAUCAAGGACCUUCUUAACCAUGCCUUCUUCCAGGAGGAGACAGGGGUGCGUGUGGAGCUGGCAGAGGAGGAUGAUGGUGAGAUGGGGGCUAUCAAACUGUGGCUGAGAAUUGAGGAUGUAAAGAAGCUCAAGGGAAAGUACAAAGACAACGAAGCGAUCGAGUUUUCUUUCGACCUUAGCAAGGAUGUACCAGAGGAUGUGGCUCAGGAAAUGGUUGAGUCUGGCUAUGUGUGUGAAGGUGACCAUAAGACUAUGGCUAAAGCUAUAAAAGAAAGGGUUGCCCUUAUCUGUCGCAAAAGAACACAGAGGCAGCAGGUCCGAGAGGAGCAGGAGAAAAGGAAGCUAGAGGAAGAACAGCAGGGUCACUUGCUACCAUCACAGCAGCAACAGCAACCAGGCCAACCACCUAGCACAGAUGCGCCACAGCCAAACCCCCAAGCUGUGCAACAGCCUGCCUCAUAUGUCCCACCACAGGCUAGCCAACAACCCACUCAACAGAUGACUCCUCAACCUGCAUCCCAGCAGAGCCUUCAGACGACAAACUACAACACUCCUCAAUCUGUCCAGACGACACUUUCAGCACAGGGGGUCCCUUAUGCUCUCCAGUCCACAGGACAGGUCUCGAUUCCAGCACAGGGUCAGAGUGUUACUCCAGUUCAGCCAGAGUCAGGAGAGCCUGAGGUUGACCAAUAUCAACAGCAGCCACAGCACACAGAGGCAGCCAAUGUUAUGGCAGACCGACCACCAGCGUCCUCCGUCCCUCUUGAGCCUCAGCCUGUACUUGGAUACAACUCACUCCCCAAGCAGCAGCUUCAGCUCCCAAUGUCAUACUCUCAGACAACAACUGACCAGUUACAACAACAGAUGCCAGUGGUCCAGCCCCAGAUCCAAGGUGUCCAGCAGACCACCGUUGUCCCUUCCAACAACCAGCCUAUUCCAGUGGCACCUCAGCAGUACGGAGUUUACUACCAACCAUCACUUCCCCCCCAGAUGCCCACACAGCAGGUGAUGUUGCCCCCAUCCUCGCUGCCUGUCCCUACCCAGCUGCAACAGCCAGAAGGCACUGCUCCACAGAAAUCCUCUCAACCACAUAUCAAACCUGGACUUCAGCAACUACAGGCCUCUGUGAGUGCUUCUCAGUCAGCACCAGUAGAACAGCCAGGAGGAUCUUUUGCAUUAGUGCCACCGUCUGUGGAAAGCUGUUUGUCAGAUACAGCCUCAGGUCUUAGUGAUGGCAAUGAUGGGAAUUCCACAUCAGGAGGACGCCAUGAGGGCCGCUCUCUUAAACGCCACCAGCGGCGGUCUGUGCGUAGCCGCUCUCGCCAUGAGAAGACUGCCAAGGCCAAGCUCAAUGUUUUGAAUAUUUCUAAUAUAGGAGACAGAGUGGCAGAGUGCCAGCUGGAGACGCACAAUAGGAAGAUGGUGACCUUCAAAUUUGACCUUGAUGGUGAUAAUCCAGAGGAAAUUGCACAGAUCAUGGUGGCCAGUGAGUUCAUUCUGGAGAAUGAGCGAGAGUCCUUCAUUGAGCAGGUCCGUGAAGUCAUAGAAAUGGCUGAUGAGAAAGGAGAGGGUAUGAAGGAAGGCUUCCCCCAGAUGAGUGAUCUUCAGCAGCAAACUGAGAUGUCCACUGUUCUGGCUCCAGGUAUUUCUCCCAGCAUUGCAGCCCAGGUGGUGCACUCGGCAGGGCGUAGGUUCAUUGUCAGCCCUGUACCAGAGUCUCGCCUCAGAGAGCAGUUCUUUGGGCCCGCUUCUGCUAAUACCUCCUUUGGAGACGAACCUGCCCCAGCUGCCCCUGUUGGUCGGGGCCUCUCUCUGUCAGCUCCAUCUGCCACUCUCCAACAGGCCUUCAGUGAAAUGAGACUGGCCAAUGGAGAAAGAUGUCGCACCCUGGGCCACCCUGUUACCGAGCCAGAACCCAGUGCUGCCCCAUCCACACAGGCUGGAAUCUGUCCAAACUCAAACUCUAACUAUGCCCUGGCUCCUGCUGAGGCGACAGCUCCCAGUGCCAUCGCCGCCACCCUGCCGGCUGUGUCUGUCGCUUCCACUGCCAGGUCCUCACCACCACCACCUUCCACUGGGAGGGCUUCCCCCCCACUCACAGUAGCUCAAACCCAAUCCCCUAUACCUGCAACAAAGGAACCAAGCACACCUCCCCAGUCUUUCCAUCAAACGGCGCCCUCCCAGUCUGCACCAAUAACUAACAUCCCUCAGCUGAGCAGUAAUGCUCUCUCUGUCACCUCUGCUGCUUGCUCUACAUCCAGUAAUGCUGGCACUGUGCCAGUCUCAGAGCUGCAGCCUGUUACUAAUGCCAUUUCCUCCUCUCAGCCUAUGCUUUCUUCCGUCCACACAGCACAGUCCACUCCCCCACAAUGUCAGCCUAUAACCACUUCAGUUCCUGCAGCUCAAACUGGGCUUGUUCCGUCUCAGCCCACACCACCCACCACCACCUUGUCAAGCCAGCCCCAAGCCCAACCUCAGUCAGUAGAGUCAGAGGCGGCUGAGUCCCAGACCAAGGCUCUUGGUAUAGAUGACAUCCAAGCCUUGGAUAAGAAGUUGCGGUCCCUCUUUAAAGACCAGAGCUCUGCCACUUCCAGCCCCUCAGUGGAACUGUCUCAUAACACAGGCACUGUCUCUCCACCCACUGGAAACACUUCUCCCCCGCCUGGAGCAGCUCUUGUGCCCCCAUCUAACCUUCCCCUUUCCUCAGGGGCACAGGGCACCCUAGGCCCCACACCCACUUCAGGGCAGGGAGGUACUCCAGCAGGACAUGUCCAGACCCCUCCAACCAAGCCCAGAGCACAGACUCUACCUGCCGGUUUUGAUCAAGCUAAUACCCCUUCCACAGAGUCAUUAUCUCCAUUUCCUGGACCAGCUCAGCAACCCCUGGGUAAUUUAGAUGCCCAGUUGAGAAGAGCUCUGAGUCCAGAGACUGUUCAGGGUGGCAACAAAGCCCCCGCCCCAGCAGAAAGCUUCACUAUGGGGCGUUUCAAAGUCUCUGUUGCUACUGAUGGCACUUCUAGUGUUGUCCGAGACCCAUCCAACGCAGUCUCCUCUUCGUCACUCACACCAUCCUCCUCCUCUUCCUCCUCCUCCUCCUCCUCCUCCUCCCUCUCAAGUCCAGAAAAUACUCUCCAUCGGUUGUCCCCUUUGUCAAAAGGAGUCCAGGCAGGUGAUAGUACAGAUGGGGCCUUAUCGCUCCCGUCUGUUCCGCCUAGUCAAGCCACUACUAUCGGGCGCUUCCAGGUGUCCACGACUGCUAAUGCCCACACAGAGCCCAGUACUGCCCCCACUUCCAAAGUUGGACGUUUUUCAGUAACAGUGACCCCAACUUCAGCAGCAGGCUCCAGUCCUUCCCAUGGCUCCGGUAUACAGAACGGGCCGUCAUCCUCAACGUCUGACCCUCGCAACUCCUGUCCCUAUUAUGUAAGCAGUGACAAUGACGAUGACUCAGGUCCCGAGGAUGAGAAUUUCCAGAGAGAAGUUAGCCGCCUUAGAGAGAAACAUAUGAUAGAGAUACAGGCCCUGCACUCUCGCCAGAAGGAGGAGAUAGAUGCCCUGUUCACCCAGCUCGGCAAACACCCUCCUUCAGCUGUGUUGUCCCCUGCUGUAGCCAUGGCUGGAGGCCGACGCAGACCCAAAAGCAAAGGUCACAAAUCUGCUCGUAGUAGUGGCCAGCCAAGUCCUCUACACUCAGGAGCUGCAGACUCGGCACAGACUCUCCGUGUUUCAGCGUCCCCCCCAAAUAAUAAUUCACCGCCAGCAACAGAGGCCUCUGAGGACACCACCAGGACCACUUUACAACAGCUCAAAUCUUCCCCUUCUAUGCCCAGCCUCUGCAUUUCCUCACUUGCAGUCAGUGGGGCUAGCUCCGACAGUGGUGCAGGUCAGAGCCAAAACCACUGUAACUCGCUGACCCAACCAGCUGGAGCUACUCCUGCCCAGAAGUGCAAGGGGACCUUCACUGAUGACCUGCAUCAGCUAGUGGAUAACUGGGCUAGGGAUGCAAUCAGCCUUUCCCAGUGCAAGAGGGGACCCAAAACUGGAGUGCAGGGAGCACUGGGGCAUGAUAUCAUCCCUCCAGCCAACAUGGGACGCAAAUUCUCAGCUCCAGGCCACCUCUGUCCAACCAUACCCACACCGAACACCACCACUCACCACCCUAACCCCACCAACCCCCCUCUCCCUGUAGGGCCUCGUAAGGGCUCCCUGGGACCAGUUGCCACAGGGUUUGGCUAUGCCUCCGCCCCAUACAGUGCCCCUCAGUGGACUGGCUCCACAGGGUCCUGCCAGAUUAACAUGCUUAACCCCACGCAGCCACUAGCCCAGUACCAGCCCCCCACCUCAGCCCCUGCAUCCAUACAGCAGGGCUACCACAUGGGAACCACGUCGGCCUCUCAGAAACCAGUCAACCCUGGAGGUUCUAACCUGAGGCCCACGUAGCCCAGUCUGAGCCCUGAUCUGGGCUGAGAUGGAAGGCAGGAAAGGGUGGACAGCCAUUGAGUGAUAACCACUUGCCCUCAAUGAAGCUUGUUGGUUAGCUGACUGGGUGUUGUGCUUUUUAUUUUUGUUCUGUCUUUUAUGUUUUCUUGUUUUCUGUAAUGGAUGUGACCUGUGUGGUCCAGUCCCGUCAGACAGAAAUUAAAGCUGUCUGGUAAUUGGAGGGAGAGUGCAAUACACACACACAGCGGCCCAAUCACAUCCGCCCUGCCAUUGGUUGUGGAAAUCAGCUGUGACUGACUGGUGACUUUUUGCCGGUGAAGUGAUGGACCCAAGUGCAUAGCCAACAGUGGCCAAAGAGUUUUAGUGAACGCGCCCAUCGCAUUGUCAUCAUUCCUGUGAAGAGAAUGGGGUAAGAAGGAUUCUAGUUAUUCCUGGUCUUUAGCUGAACUAGGACAGAGAUCAUGUGAGUGAUGCCCCUAUAAACAUAUGUACACGCACCAAACUACGUAAACAUAUGUGCACACACACCAAACUACAUAGAAACAUAUGUGCACACACACCAAACUACAUAGAAACAUAUGUGCACACACACCAAACUACAUAUAUUGGAUUGAAUGAACUGAGGAGUUGUAAGUGAAGAUAUCUAGGAGGGCAUUGGUAGGUUGUGACUGUACAGAAAGUGAAAAAUUGACCCUUUGGUCCUGGCUGAACUAGUACAGUUUAUAUGUUGGCUGGAAAGUCUGAGGGAAUAGACGGUAAUAGGAAGAAUGUGCUAGAGAGGCAGAGGUGGAGGUGUAUAGAAAUUGGCAUAACUCCCAGUGGCUCCCUAUUUAAAAUGCAAUAAUGACCACGCGUAAACAUGUCGUCCCUCGUAACAGUGGCCUUAACCCUUAUCCAUAUGUAAGCAUACUUUGUAUAUAGACAUCUCUUCAUGUUUAGCCUAUUUAUGUCUUAUUGUGAGAAAAGUAUGGUGUCUUUGUGAUUUGAGUUGUCAUCCAUCUAUCCACACAGGCUGGUUUUAAGAUCAUACAGUUUACCUGUCAAUGUAAGCUGCUGUAUCUGUGUGCAACCUACACACAUCUGUACGCACGUUGACUAACAUGUGGGCUUGGUUUGAGUUGCAGAGGUGUCGUUACUGUAAUCACAACUUGGCUUUACAUGUAAAGUUCACCUGCUGAAGUCUUUGACUGUACACGUUACUAGAUUACAGUAGAUGUCCAUAUCUUAGCAGAGGGAGCAGGUUUGGGUUAUUGUCAUGCUGUUGAUAAGACAGUGGGUUUUUCUGAGCGUGCAAUGAAACAUACCCCCCCCACACACACACACACACACAUACACACAUAUACAGUUGUUCACACACAAGGUGCAUGAUACAGAUGUACAGUUGGCUGUUAAAAGUCAUGUCAGACGUAACAGCUCACCUUACGUCCCCUUGCCGUCACCUCUCAAAUCACAAAAAAGUGUCUGGGGUUCUCUCUGUGGUCUGUUUUGUAUGUGUAUAUUUAAUAAAAUAAACAAUGUUCUUUAUG